GAGACCAGCUCCCGGCGCGGCGCGGGGCGGCCGCGGGGCCUGGGAGGGAGAGGGCGCGGAGGCGGGACCGCGGCUCCCUCCCACUCUGCGGGGAGCCCAGGAGGCGGCAGUGCUGAAGCUUAAGCCCGGGAAGGAAAGGAGCAGAGGAGAGGCGGUCUCGAGCACGAGUGGGGUGGGGCGUGCCCACGGCCCCCGCCCCUCUCGUCCCCCCCGCCCAGCUCCGCAGCCGCAGCCCGCACUGGCCGGCCCGCUGGGGAUACCGCCGCACCCCUUCAGCAGUCUCCAGCUCCCCAGACUUUCCAGGACACCGUGGAGCGGGGACAAGUAGGGACAGGGCACUGGGACGCCCCCUUCAGCGGGAGCCGUCGGGGGGGAGGGGGGAACGGCAGACCGGAGGCCAGCGAGCACCGCCACCGCCCGGAGCCAAGCUCAGAGUCCAGGACGCAGUCGAGCGCAGAGGGCUGGCUGAGCGCCCCAGGGGAAGCAAGCUGGGGCCCAGUCGCCUGGGUGACAGGCCCCGCACGCUGGGAAGAAGGACGGAGGGCUAGAGAGCAGAUCUGGAGGCGGGGAGGCGCAUCUUGCCUCCCUUACUGCAUCGAGGGCGCCCCGGCAUUCAGAGCAACGUUUGCCUUGUCAGAAGACACCUGCUUCCCCUUAAUCCGAGACAGCCCUGCGGGAAGAGGGUCCUUGAAGACAAGCAGCCCACUCUCCUUACCUGAGGCCUCUGGGCCUGCAGAAGACUAAGUGAGACCUAAGAAGGAGGCCUGACUGGCUUUGCUGCCCACCCUGGGGAGAGAGGAAGCUCCCGGCCGCCUCCAGGCCCAGGAGGGGCUGACCAGUGAGGCUGGGUCCUGGCCCCUGAGGCUGCAGCGGCCAUGUCUCGGCCAGGCCAGGGGGUGAUGAUGCCAGUGAGCGGGCUGGGCUUCCCACCGCAGAACGUGGCCCGGGUGGUGGUGUGGGAGUGGCUGAAUGAGCAUAGCCGCUGGCGGCCCUACACGGCCACCGUGUGCCACCACAUCGAGAACGUGCUCAAGGAGGAUGCCCGCGGGUCGGUGGUCCUGGGGCAGGUGGAUGCCCAGCUGGUGCCCUACAUCAUCGACCUGCAGUCCAUGCACCAGUUUCGCCAGGAUACAGGCACCAUGCGGCCGGUGCGGCGCAACUUCUACGACCCGUCGUCGGCGCCCGGCAAAGGCAUCGUGUGGGAGUGGGAGAACGACGGCGGCGCGUGGACGGCCUACGACAUGGACAUCUGCAUCACCAUCCAGAACGCCUACGAGAAGCAGCACCCGUGGCUCGACCUCUCGUCGCUGGGCUUCUGCUACCUCAUCGACUUCAACAGCAUGUCACAGAUGAACCGCCAGACGCGCCGGCGCCGCCGCCUGCGGCGCCGCCUGGACCUGGCCUACCCGCUCACCGUGGGCUCCAUCCCCAAGUCGCAGUCUUGGCCCGUGGGCGCCAGCUCGGGCCAGCCCUGCUCGUGCCAGCAGUGCCUGCUGGUCAACAGCACGCGCGCCGCCUCCAACGCCAUCUUGGCCUCGCAGCGCCGCAAGGCGCCCCCCGCCACCUACCCGCUGGUGGAGAUCCUGCAAGGGCCCUGCGAGGUAGGCGCCUUCACCCUCCCAACUUACAAGGUCCCCGCACUUCCGGUGAAGAACUUGAGUGGGACAGGACCAGUCCACCCAGCCCUGGCAGGGAUGACCGGGAUCCUGCUGUGCGCGGCGGGUCUGCCCGUGUGCCUGACGCGGGCGCCCAAGCCCAUCCUGCACCCGCCGCCCGUGAGCAAGAGCGACGUCAAGCCCGUGCCUGGCGUGCCAGGAGUGUGCCGCAAGACCAAGAAGAAGCACCUCAAGAAGAGUAAGAACCCCGAGGAUGUGGUUCGGAGGUACAUGCAGAAGGUGAAGAACCCGCCUGAUGAGGACUGCACCAUCUGCAUGGAGCGGCUGGUCACCGCCUCGGGCUACGAGGGCGUGCUUCGGCACAAGGGCGUGCGGCCCGAGCUGGUGGGCCGGCUGGGCCGCUGUGGCCACAUGUACCACCUGCUGUGCCUCGUGGCCAUGUACUCCAACGGCAACAAGGACGGCAGCCUGCAGUGCCCCACGUGCAAGGCCAUCUACGGGGAGAAGACGGGCACUCAGCCCCCCGGGAAGAUGGAGUUCCAUCUCAUCCCCCACUCACUGCCCGGCUUUGCCGACACCCAGACCAUCCGCAUCGUCUAUGACAUCCCCACCGGCAUCCAGGGCCCAGAGCACCCCAAUCCGGGCAAGAAGUUCACCGCAAGAGGCUUCCCACGCCACUGCUAUCUACCCAACAACGAGAAGGGCCGGAAGGUGCUGAGGCUGCUCAUCACGGCCUGGGAGCGGAGACUCAUCUUCACCAUCGGCACGUCCAACACCACGGGCGAGUCGGACACCGUCGUGUGGAACGAGAUCCACCACAAGACGGAGUUUGGGUCCAACCUCACGGGCCAUGGGUACCCGGACGCUAGCUACCUGGACAACGUGCUGGCGGAGCUCACAGCCCAGGGCGUGUCCGAGGCUCCUGCCAAGGCCUGAGAGGCCCCAGCCGCCCGCCUUCCCUCCUGCUUUGCCCCUGGGCCGGAGCACGCCUCCCUCUGCCGGGUGUGCCCUGGUGGCCGGGGUCAGGGCCGAGGAGCAUCCUGCGGAGAGAGCCAGAAGCAACCGGGAUUCGGCUGGCGGCAGUUGGGACGAUGAUGGCGGGACAGCAGGGGAGCAGCGUGGCCGGUCCGACCAGGGCUCCCCGGGAGGGCCGCAGAGGGCACCGGAAACCACAGCAACCUCCCUACCAAAAGACAGAGCCCCACCCCUCACACAAACACACGUGUCCUGUUGAACACAUGCACGCACACCCACGUGCCUCUACUUACCCCCAAACUUGGGGGAAGAGACAGAACGACCCCUGUGAGACUCCGUGUGGAUCCCCAUCUGUGUCUAGCGCAUCUGUACAGGCUUGUCUGCGAGCAGGAUUCGGGUCAGGCGCCUGCGGGGGCUGCGGGAGUGAAGGGGCGCUGGGGAAGCUCAGUGCUCUCCCGUCCUGACACCCUUCUCUGCACCCCACUGCUCGGCCAUUGUGGUGGAAACCCCCAGAUUAUUCCUUUGGCGGUUUUGCAAAGGGGUGGGCCCCCUCAUGUCUGUCUUCUUUUGGGCUUGUAUCUUCACCUUUCUGGGACCUGACCUCCUCCUCCCCCCUCCCAUCCCCUGUCUUAAGUCUGGCCCAGAUAAAGGCACUGGUCUCCUUUCCUGCCCACUCCAUCCUCUCCACCAAACUGCCCUCCGUUGUCCAGAUCCAGAGACUGGAGCUCCUGGCUUCGCCGGCCAGUGGAGGAGGCCUCGCUCAGGCCAGCAGGUUUAAAAAGCAGACUGGACAGCAGAGAGUCCAUUUCCCUUUCCUUGCAGUGGGCAGUGGGGUGGCUGGUAGUCUCGGCCAACCAGGGGCCUGUUGCCCAGGCAACUCACCAGCUCCGCCUCUGUGGAUUGGCUGCCACGGUAGAAGUCAGCCAAGAUUUAAAGGGAUGCCAGCAUUGCUCUUUUUGAAAACCUACCAGUCCCACUGUGGGUGGAGAAAUAAACGGUCUUUCUCCUCCUCACUCCGUUUUCUUCCUGCCAGUGUGGGGGGUGGGGGG